UCGAAUGUCUCGUUUGUCGGUCACGCUGCACUGUGGGACAGGCGGUGGGCGGUGGGGGGUUGGGAUUUAUCGUCGUCGUCGUCGUUUUGACUGCGGCGGGCUGCAUGCAUGUCUUGCUCAUUUGCGUGAGUUUGGCGUCGUUGGGCGGUGCGCACGAGGUGUGUGUGGGCGCCUGUGUGGUGUAUGUGUGGUGGUCUUGUCAAAAAGUCAAGUCGAGACAAGUCUUCGGCGAAUCCUGCCCACUGCCACCACCAAGUCAUGUAUGGACAUGUAUGUGUAUGUACAUGUGCAUACAAGCGUAGUAUCCCAUAUCGGUAGAUUGUUUUAUUCUCGUAGGGAUGCAUGAUGGGGGAGAAUGGUGGCUGACUGGGACGUUAAUCCGAACGUUCGUUUAUUUCCCUUUCGAGGUGGUGGAGCAAUUCUCGUCUAUGUCGCUAGAGUAUGUAUGUUGCUUGUUAUGUGCAUCAUGUCCUGUCAACCGUGUGGCUGCCAAUACCGAAUGUGACAGGGAUCGACCGCGCAUUUUCGAACCGGGCAAUUUUCUUUCUUUGGUCUCGGGACGGAGAUCUCAUCUUGCGUCAAGAGAAUACGUCCGACCGGUCGAUCAGAUUGGCGAGGUUCUUCCAAGCUGGUCUCUUCGCCCGUUUCCCCGUCCAUAUUGGUCUUCGUACAUACACACAUCUACCAUCACCUCACCCAAAAAAGACCAAAGGCAUAUGCGAUUAAUACAUAUACCGUACGUCUUUGCAGGAGGAGUGAGAAUGGUCAGCAGAGAAAAAUUCCUUUUUCCUCCACCUCACACAUUGCACCAGUACGAUAACACACACACUGAACGGCCCUCAAGCAUCCAUCGAAAAGGUGUGGUCGCAGCGGUGGUGCCUCGUGCAAAGCCCAAUUCUCGCAUCUCCUCCCGAUCGAUGGCAGAUGGUGGGCAAGCAAGCCCACACCCCAUCUGCAUUCAGCUUUCUCUUCCCGCAUGUCUGCUCUGCCUGUAUCCUGCCCACACGGCAUGCAACCAGACAUUCCGGCAUACCCGGUUUUCUAGACGCAUAUGCAUCUUUUCAUUUUCCUCGCGAUCGCCCGCCCGCCCGCCUGUCCCCAUGAGUUCGAAAUGUUCGUCAUAAACUUGACACACGCCUCACAGGGCCCCCCUAACCCUCCUUCCCCCAGACUCCUGAUGCCCUAUAUUGUAUAUGCAUACGGAUCAUAUUUUUCUUCAUCUUCUGCGUUCGAGAUUCUCGCGCGGAAGACAUGUGCAACCACACCGCCCAGGCAGCCCAUCAAGGUCUGCCAGUCCACAAAACCGGCCAGGGUGAGGGUUCAUUGUUUCAGCCAUGCGGUGUACGACAUUGUAUGCUGCAGUCCC